AUGUCCACCGCUCCAGCACCUGCUGAGAAAUGCCCGGUCAACACUGAAGCAGCCCGGAGCAACGGAAUCUGUGCCGAAUUAGAAGAAGCGCUCGGCAUCAAUGAGCUUCGAUGUCGUCAACAGGCCUGUGCAAAGGGCGACUUCAUCUCGCAUGUGCUAGGUCUGCGCCAACUCAAUGAUGUCGACGUUGAUGAGGAGCAGGUACCUCGCUUGCUGGAGAUGUUUAGUUGGACAAACACAUCGAGAACUGUGAUGGCCAAGCUUGACGAUGGCGCCACCACACGUUGA